UUCCACGGUUUGGGUUUUUGGCAUCAACAUCUAUAUUUUCAGAUUGAAGUCUCCGAAAGGUCAUUCCUUUUCUCCCAAAUUUCAAACCCAAUUUGCCCAAAAUUUCACUGAGGACGGCAAAUAAUUCAACCUAGUAUUAGUAUUCCGCCAUUCUCCCCUACCGCCACACCUUGACUUCUCACUUCCAUUCCAAAUUUCCAAUUCCACCAUGUAAAAGCGACCCCAACUGCCACUUUCUCUCGUUUCCAAGCCGAAGCCCGUUUCCUCAAAUCCCAUCCAAAUCAUGUCUAGCAGCAGAGACAGAGACGACCCUCUUUCUUUCGCCCCCACAAACCCAUCUUCUUCUUCUUCCCCUGUCUCCGUUUCUGACCCUCGUGAUAGUUUUCUCUCUGACCCUACUACCCACAUCGGAAGUGCCUCCAGUAGCUUCCAGAAUGAGGGUCUUCUCUCCGAUUUCAGUCCCAACAUCAGCGAUGCCGAGUUUGGAUUCUCUCGUCCCGAGUUCCGCCAGACCCCACUUGUUGGGACUGUUGAUUUCUAUGAACGUCAUGUGUUUCUUUGUUACAAAAAUCCCCAGGUCUGGCCUCCUAGGAUUGAGGCUGCUGAGUUCGAUCGCCUCCCUAGGCUGCUAUCUGCGGCUGUAAUGUCGAGGAAGGCCGAUAUGAAGAAAGAAACUCGCUUAACCAUAUGUGAGGGGCAUGAUGGAACGGAGACAUCAAAUGGGGAUGUUUUAAUCUUCCCGGACAUGAUAAGAUAUAGGAGGUUGACCCAUUUUGAUGUUGACACAUUUGUUGAAGAAGUGCUUGUGAAGAACAGCGAGUGGCAGCCUGGAUCUCCUGAAGCACUGAAGGGUUCAUAUGUUUUCGUAUGUUGUCAUGGGUCCCGAGAUCGUCGGUGUGGCGUUUGUGGUCCUACCUUGGUCAGUCGGUUCCGCGAUGAGAUAAAAUUUCUAGGUCUUCAAAAUGUAUCUGUUAGCCCAUGCUCGCAUAUUGGAGGCCACAAAUAUGCAGGAAAUGUGAUUAUAUAUGGAUCAAAUGCCAAUGGAGAAGUCACUGGGCAUUGGUAUGGAUAUGUUGCCCCCGAAGAUGUAUUUUUAUUGCUUCAGCAGCAUAUCGUGAAAGGGAAGAUUGUAGAUGAACUUUGGAGGGGCCAGAUGGGUUUAUCAGAGGAAGAACAGAUGCUAAGCCUUGAACUGAGACUUCGUGCAAUCAGUGGGACUAAUGGCCACAAAAGCAAGGAAGAGCUGGCACAAAUCGAGACCAACGAUUCAAACUCUGAUCCCUAUAGAUCUCGGGCUGAGGUUGCAGCCUGCUGUCAAGGAGAUGGAGAUGGUUAUUCCUCUUGCUGUCAGAAUCCAAAACUAUCAAGAACAGUAAUUGAUUCAGAUACAGACAACAUUUCUCCAAAUGUUGUUACUGCCAAGGGCAACAGAAAACUAACUUCACGAAGCAAUAGCAGCAAAUCAUUUUCCCGUAAGGUUUGCGCAAUGCCAACAUGGCUCGAGAGCUGGGAGCGUGAAGACACAUAUGCCGUUGCUGCUGUUAUCUGUGCUGCUGUUUCAGUUGCCUUCGCUUAUCGGUGCUACAAGCAGCUGUAACAAUGUAGUUUGUGAGAAGAAGCUUCAGUCCAGAUUUUAAAUUGUGCUUGUGUUGACGUGAUUUCCGGUUGGUAGAUGAGCGAAAGAUAUAAGAAUUUAGGAUAAUAUUUCUUUUUCCUGCGAAUCUUACAAACUCUUGAACUUUAAAUGGAGUUGGAGUGGAAAUUAGAUUGAGUUCUUUCUGUGUAAA